AGACCAUGUCUUCUGUUAAUUAACUUGAACUAUGGACGUGACAACCACUUUAUAAAGUUAUAUUUCCAUUACCAAAGCUACCUACUUAAUUGAUCACAUAAAUACAGACUUAAUGUUCCUUAUCAUGUAAUCAAGUUAAUUUUCAGGUACAAGACAAAAAUGGGUUGGAAGAAUUGGCAACAGAAAGCAGCAAAGGAGCUCUGUGCCGCCUUAACUGAGCCUUUUCAUCUUCUGACAACGACCCUUCUUAGCAUAUUGCUUCCCCUCUCAUUUCUCCUCUUGGCCAGGCUUUCUUGUUACAGCUAUCUGUUAAGCAUAGCAUCUGAUCCCACGCAACCUGAGCCCUCUUCUUUACUCUUCUCUUUUCUCCUACGCAGCAAUCCGGCAAUUCUGUAUUUUCUUGUUUCAAUCUUUAGUAUAGCCACUCUUCUUCAUGGUUUGACAGGAAGAUUUAACCUUCUAAGUUACGACUCUUCAUCACUUGCAGCAGGUGAAUCUCAACGGCACCGUUUAUACACUGCAUGGAUUUUACUAUGCACCCUACAAGUAUGCGUUGGGUUAGGAAUUGAAGGGAGCAUAGCUGCCGGAAUCGAUGGGCAUAGUUUCGAUAUUGAGAAAAGUUUGUUAAGUAGGAUUAUAUUUUUCUUAGGUUUGCAUGAGACUAUGCUUUAUUGGUCAAGAACGGUCGUUAAACCAGUGGUUGAUGAUACAGUUUUUGGGUUUGGUAGAGAUGAGAAGUGGGUUCAGAGAGUGAGUCUAGCUAUGAGUUUGGGUAGUUUAUGGUGGUGGAGAUUGAGAGAUGAGGUUGAGUCUCUUGUUAUUGUAGCAGAGGCAAAGAGAGAGAUGUCGAUGGGUGUGGGCAUGGCUGAUUUACUUGGUUGGUGGCUUUAUUACCUUACAGUAACAAUUGGUAUGGUAAGAAUUGUUAAAGGUCUAAUGUGGGUUAUGAUGAUUUUGCUUUGCAGAAGGGUAAGAAGGAUUAAUAAUUCUCCUCACCCUUGUGGGAUUGAUGACAAAGUCUGAACCAAGAAAUUUCUUCAAGACAUAAUAUCAUUUUUCUUUUCAAUUAAAUAAUUGUAUCCUAUUAUUUUGGUCAAUGGCCAAUAUCGUACUCCUUUCCGUGUUGUAAUUAACCUUGCAUUAUAAUAAGAUUGUAUUCAAUUUUAAACUA